GUGAAAGAUCGGCUGUUCAUCGCCAGUCAAAACCACGGGUUCGCCGUCGACCCUGACACCCUGCCGAAGGACUGGGACAUCCUCUUCACCAACGCCAACGAUCACACCAACGAGGGCAUCGUGCACAACACAAAACCGCUGUUCAGUGUUCAGUUCCACCCAGAGCACAUGGCCGGCCCCACAGAUCUGGUCAGCCUGUUUGAUGUCUUUCUUAAGACUGUGAAAGACCACAAGGAGGGCAACACCACCAAAUCUG